AUGACUACACCGACCAAGUUCAGUUUUUCCGUCAGAAGCAUCCUGGAUUUGCCUGAACGGGAUGCGGAAUCAGCCCCGCGGUCCUCUGAGGUUUACGCCACUUACUCCUCCAGCCCUCUCUACACAUCCUGGAUGGACUGCGACCAGAGUCCUUGCAUAUCUUCCGAUGAGGGAAGUUUCGAAGCUUCCCCCGACUCAACAAAGCCAGAUGACUUAUCUUUGGACUCGGAGAGGAGCAAGAAGAGUAAGAAACGUCGCGUUUUGUUUUCCAAGGCUCAGACCCUGGAGCUUGAGAGGCGCUUCCGCCAACAGCGAUACCUGUCAGGCCCGGAGAGGGAGCAGCUGGCCCGGAACCUCAGCCUCACUCCAACGCAAGUGAAGAUCUGGUUCCAGAACCACCGCUACAAGAUGAAGCGAGGCCGAGCAGAAGGCGCGCUGCAGGAUGUGGAAAUACUCCCGCCUCCGGUGCUGCGCAGGGUCGUUGUUCCCAUCCUGGUCCGGGACGGGAAGCCUUUUCACACCUGCUUACUUGACUCGGAUAAAGCUGGCUGUUUACCUUCUUCAUCCUCUUCUCAGGCGGUACCCUUCCCCUUGGUCUACCCUUCUCUUCAACAUCCCUCUCCUCUCGCUUUUCCUCCGAUGUACCAGCAGCACUUUCCGGCCGCUGCGGCCUCCAGAUUCGCCUGGAGGGACUUUUGGAGUGACCACAUCCCGUUUAAUUCCUUCAAGUGA